AUGGAUGACGAAGAUUAUAGAAAUUCUAAACAAAUAUUUUAUUGGGGUAGAGGUGUUAAUCAAGGUGAUAAACAUAUCAUUGAACCAAUUGAAGUACCAGAAUUAAAUAAAAAGAAUAUUGUACAAUUAUCAUGUGGAUCAACACAUACAUUAGUAUUAUCAGAUUCUGGUGAUCUAUAUAGUUGGGGAUCAUCCAAUUCUAGUGGUCAAUUAGGUCAUGGUGAUUCAAAAAAUCAAUAUGGUAAACCUAAAAACAUUAAAAAAUUCUCAUUAAUUAAAGCUUUAUCUGGUGAUUCAGUUAUACAAGUUUCAACUGGUUUAGAUUUUACAUUUGUUUUAACUGACCAAGGUUCAAUUUAUAAUUGGGGUUCAAAUAUUGAAGGUCAAUUAGCUUUAGGUCAACCUGUAAAUAAAAAUGAAAAAGAAAAUAAUAUUAAUAAUAAUACAACAAAUAAUAAUAAUAGCAACAGUAAUAAAGAAGGAGGCGGAGGUGGUGGAGGUGGAGUUAAAGGUGGUAAAAAUAUAUUAUCACCAAUACCGCAACCUUUAGAUCAAUUCUCUUCAGCAUCUUCAACAUCUUUAUUAAUUGAUUCAUUAACAUCAACUUAUUCAACUAGAUCAUAUAUAACAUUAUCAAAUGAACAACAACAACAAAAAAUACAGCAACAACAACAAAAAUGGAUAAAUGGUAGAAAAAGUGUAAAUAGUUCAACAAUAACAUCAUCAAGUCCAUUUAGUAGUGUUAGCAAUUUUAUAAAAGAAAUGGUUGGUAGUAAUAAUAAUAAUAAUAAUAAUGAAAAUGACGAAAAUAAUAAUAAUAAUAAUAAUAAUAACAAUAAUAAUAAUAAAAGAGGAGCAACAUUAGGAUCAUUAUCAUCAUCAACAACAACAUCAAAUAAUUCAACACCAAACACAACAGCAAAUAAUAGUCCAAAUUUAUUAUCAUCAUCAUCAUCAUCAUCAUCAGCAGCAACAAAUAAUGAAUUAAAAUUUAAACAAACUACACCAACUAAAGUAUUAUCAUUUGGUGGUAGUAAUGAUAAUAAUUUUUUAGGUGGUGUAAUUAAUAAUGAAUUACAAAUGAUGACAGAUCAAAUGAAUUCAAUAAAGAUAAUUCAAAUAUCAUGUGGAUCAAAUCAUAUAUUAGCAUUGAGUGAUCAAUAUCAUGUUUACAGUUGGGGUAGUGCUGAACAUGGUAAACUCGGACAUGGUGAAGAUUAUUCAUUCGUUUCACAAAAUCCACGUUGGAUUAAUUCACCUAAAAAGAUUAAAUCUCUACAAGAGAAAGGUGUGACAGUAAUUAGUGUUUCAAGUGGUUAUAGUCAUUGUAUGGCAUUGACAUUGGAUUCAGGUAUUUUAACAUGGGGUAAAGGCUCCGAUGGUCAAUUAGGUACAGGUUUCAGACAUGAUAUUUGGUCACCAUUUGAAAUUAAACGUGUUAUUGAUAAAAAUGAAAAGAUUGUUCAAAUUUGUUGUGGUUAUUUUAAUUCUUUCUUUAUUACAUUAGAAAAAAGAGAACUUUAUCAAUUUGGUUGGUCAAUACCAUUAGGUAAAUCUGAUGAUAUUUUAAUACCAACAAAAUUUAUUUGGUUAAAUCCUUUAAAAAAUAAAAAUAAUAAUAAUGAAAAUGAAGAUAAAAAAGAUGAUGAUGAUGAUAAUGAUGAUGAGGAUGAAAAUAAUGAUAAUAGUAAUAGAAUUAAACAAAUUUCAAGUGGUUAUUCACAUACAUUAAUUUUAAAUGAAAAUGGUGAAUGUUUAUCAAUUGGACAAGGUGAAUUUGGUCAACUGGGUAUUCCACUAGACCAUUCAUCAAUUGAUAAAGAUUCAUUUGUAAAUUAUCCAACAGUGAUACCAGCAUUAUUACCAUACUUUGUUGAAUCGGUGCAAUGUGGUAGAUGGCAUUCGGUUGCAAUAGUUUCAAAUAGAAAUUUAAGAGAUCAUUUAACAAAUAGUAAGAAAUUAAAAGAAAAACAAAAACAAAAACAACAAACAAAUUUAGAGAUUUUAGAAGAAUUUGAAUCAAAUAUUGAAGAGAUUGAACGUAUGAUUACUGAUGGUAUUGAUGGUAGUAAAAUUAAUAAAAAUAAUAUUUCUUCUUCUUUAAAAAGAAAUAGUAAAUCCAUAAUUAAUAAUAGUAAUAGUAAUAAUAAUAAUAAUAAUAGAGGUAGUUUAGAUGUAUUUGAUGGUUUAUCAGUAUCAUUUCAAUCAUUUAUUGAUUUUGUAAAUGAUAAAAAGAAUGAAGAACCAUCACCUGAUGCAAUUAUAACUACAAAUGAUGAAUUUGAAAAAUCAUUCUUUUUAUUACAAAAAGAUUAUAUUAGUAGUAAAUCAAAUGAUUUAAAUUGUAGUUUAAGUAGUUUAGAAGAAGGUGGUGGUUCUGGUGGAGGUUCCGGUGGUGGUAGUCGUAAUGAAGAGAAUGAUAGUCAUGAAGGUAAUAAUAAUAAUAAUGGUGCAGGUGGUGGUUUUGAAACUAUUAAAAUUUCAAAACCAUUUUAUAGAGAUUUAAAUGAUUUUCUAUUCAAGAGUAAAUCAACGUCACAAUCAUUAUCAACAACUACAAGUUUACCAUCGAAUAAUCCAAUUUUAAAUCAAAUCGAAUUAUCAAGUGAUGGUAGUGAAGAAUCAACAGAGGAAUUAUUGAUUCAAGUACUUUUAACUAAAUUUUUACCAGAUUUUGAUAAAAUGAAAACUAAUAAAAAAGAAUGGAGAGAUCUAUGGAGAAGAGGUUUUCCACCAACGAUUCGUGGUAUCAUUUGGAAACGUGCAAUUGGUAAUAAAUUGGAAAUCAAUGGUACGUUGUAUCAUGGUUUAUUGGACCAGUUAUCGGAUUUACAAGAUCGUUACAAUAGGGAUUUGGUAUUGUUGGGUGAGGGAUUCGAAGCUAAUUUACCCCCAAAUCUUCCAAAAGAGUAUUCAACAUUUAUUAAAACAUUCAAUAUGAUAAAGGUUGAUUUACCAAGAACUUUCCCACAACUUCGUUUAUUCAAUCCUGCCGGCGCUUUACAUGAACAACUACGUACAACUCUAUUGCUAUUCGCACUCUAUACACCGCAAAUUGGCUAUGUUCAAGGUAUGUCCUAUUUGGCGGCUGUUUUCUGUUUAUUCAUGGACCCAUUCGAAUCAUUCGUUUACUUUACCAACCUAUUGAAUAAUCAUUUCUUUAAUAGUCUAUUCAAAAUGGAUAUUAGAGGUAUAGUUAAUCAUGUAAAGAUUUUCGACCUUUUAUUCAAGAAUCAUGUUCCAAAACUUUAUGAUAAAUUUCAACAAUUAGAAUUAUCAACUGAACAUUUCCUAUUGGAAUGGAUGAUGACCUUAUUCACAAAACAAUUACCUCUAAAUAUUGUUUUUAGAAUUUGGGAUUCUUAUUUCAUGGAAGGUGAAGCUUUCAUUUAUUCAACAGCGAUUGGUAUCUUAAAACUUUGUAGAAACUUUAUUAUAGCUUCAAAUUUUGAAGACUCUUUAGCAAUCAUAAAAUCAACUCCUCAUAAUUUAAAAGAAGAAGAUUUAUUUGAUUCAAUUUCCGCCGUUCAUAUUCCAAAAUUUAUUAAAAAAAUUAUACUAUUAAUUAAUAAAGAUUUUAUUUAA